UCUGUCCCCCAUUUCCAAUUAUAGAUGGAUCAUUACAGACAGAGAAGUACUGAGAAUCCAGACAUCUGCUCUUCACAUGAAUGCACUCACCUCCUAGAGAACAGCCUGCCAUCAUGCUCUGGAAACUGGUUGAAAAUGUCAAGUAUGAAGAUAUCUAUGAGAGACUCGCGCCGGGGGCGCAACGGGGGUGGCUGCGCGGGGUAGGGCGGGCGGCGCCGCCGCUGCCACCCCCGGGGCACCGCGACGGGCAGCGCCGUCGGGGCCCCGGCAGCCCCUUGUGUGCCGCCCCGGUAGCGCGUUUAGGGCAUAAAGAGGCAAAAUCCUGGGGGUUAAACGACGGCUGGGUCGGGUGGAGACGGGGGGAACACGGCGCGGAAGCGCGGGCGGCCCGCAGGCACGUCCCAGUUCCUCCCAAAUCUGUUACUUCUUUGAUGAUGAAUAAAGAUGGUUUCCUGGGUGGAAUAUCAGUCAAUACCGGCGAGGUGUUUUGCUCCGUACCUGGUCGCUUGUCUUUGCUUAGUUCAACCUCAAAGUACAAAGUCACUGUGGGAGAAGUUCAAAGACGCCUUUCUCCUCCUGAGUGUCUCAACGCAUCGCUCCUUGGGGGAGUGCUCCGAAGCCUGCUCCCUGACACCGAUCAGGAUUCCCCUAUAGGCAAAAUGCUACUUCAAGACCCAGGCAGGCUGAGCCCAGCCCAGGAAGGUACUCUCCUGUACCGGGCGGCCACUGAGCCCAGUCUGGUGCCUUUACCACGACCAAGCCCUUUGGCCAUCAGUGAGGCCGUUCAUUUAGCUCGGGAUUUUGGGUACAUCUGCGAAACGGAGUUUCCAGCCAAGGCUGUUUCUGAGUACUUGAACAGGCAGCAUACGGACCCCAGCGACCUCCACUCCAGGAAAAACAUGCUGCUUGCUACAAAGCAACUUUGUAAAGAAUUUACAGAUCUCUUGGCCCAGGACAGGACGCCCAUUGGGAACAGCCGGCCCACCCCAAUUUUGGAACCAGGCAUUCAGAGCUGCUUGACUCACUUCAGCCUCAUCACUCACGGCUUUGGGGCCCCCGCUAUCUGCGCCGCUCUCACGGCCCUUCAAAACUACCUAACUGAAGCUCUCAAAGGCAUGGACAAGAUGUUUUUGAACAACAACACUGCUAACAGGCACACAUCUGGCGAAGGACCAGGUAGUAAAACUGGAGACAAGGAAGAGAAACACAGAAAAUGAAAAAAAAAAUUAAAAAG